AUGAUCAUUUGCAUGUUGCUGCAUACAAUUGUACUCUUCAACUUCACAAAGUUCAAUUGGGUGAUCGGUGAAUUGCUGCCACGUUUCGUCAUUGAAGACGGUUUAAAAAAUGCAAUAUUUGGUUCAUACAGUUAUAAUCCACUUAGCAGUACAUUUGAAACAGUUCAGUCCGAUUUACCAGAACCAGAAAUUAAAAUUACCACUACAGUACAGGAGACAAUAACCACAAAAUCUGAAACCACUGGAAACAAUUCAGAUACAUCAAAAUAUAGAUUUAGGAGAGUUCAUCGGUUUCCGUUUAAUGAAAUUGAAAUGUCUUCC